AUGAAUUCGAUAUACAAUCAUGGUGUAAAGCAAACACAAACAAUUACACGGGACUUAACAUCAUUUGAAAAAAAUUUGUCUACAUCACCAUUGUCGCUUCAAGGUGCCAUCACGACUUCUAUCACGGCGUUUAAAAAAACAAUCAGGGAAUACUCUGAUCUCAUUGAUAAGAACACUACCGACGCAGCAUACACCAAACACGAAAGCAGAGUACGAAAAUUCAAUGAGGAUUUAGAAAAUUUUGUUUCCAAGUUUGAUAGUUUAAAGAAGCAAAGGGAUAUUGCAGUUCAAGAGACAAACAAGCAAGAACUAUUAGGAAGAAGACACAUACUGGCACCACCACAUCAGACAUCCACACCGAGUGAAAACCCGUAUGACCCAACUCAACAACAGCAGCAGCAGGAGCAAGUGAUGCUGCAGCGGGAGGGCCUCUACAAUGAGAACCAAGCGUUGGCCCGUGGGUCAGAGCAGCUAGAUCGGAUCUUAGAAAUGGGUCAACAGGCAUUUGAAGAUAUCGUGGAACAAAACGAAACAUUAAGAAAGUUACAGACCAAGUUUGAGGAAAGUUUGGUUACUUUAGGAGUCAGCCGAGGCACGAUUAGAAGUGUCGAGAAAAGAGCAAAGCAGGAUAAGUGGCUCUUUUGGUUUUGUGUAGUCGCGAUGUUGGUUAUUUUUUACUACAUUAUUAAAUUCUUUCGGUGA